ACGAUCUGUCACCCGCCAAAGCAUGAUUUCAAAAGUUCAUUGCCCUGCACUUAAAACACUUGCAGUAGCAAAUCAAAUGCACCCAAACUACAGGAAAACCUUCUCUCAUAUAUUCCAAGAAUGUGCAAAACAAUGCACCCAGGAACCAGGCAAGCAAGCCCAUGCUCGGAUGAUAAUAUCUGGAUUUCAACCCACUAUUUUUGUCACUAAUUGUUUGAUUCAGUUGUAUAUAAAAUGCUCCAAUUUGGGUUAUGCUGAUAGAGUAUUCGAUAAAAUGCCUCUGAGAGAUACAGUUUCUUGGAACGCCAUGAUAUUUGGGUAUUCUAUGGUUAGUGAUAUGGAGAAGGCAAAAUUGAUGUUUGAUUUGAUGCCUGAAAGAGAUGUAAUUUCUUGGAAUUCUAUGAUCUCGGGGUAUUUGCAACAUGGUAAUUAUCAGAAAUCAAUUCGAGCUUUUAUGGAAAUGGGAAGAGAUGGUAUUGCUUUUGAUAGAACAACUUUUGCUGUUGUUUUGAAAGCUUGUUCGGGUCUGGAAGAUUCUAUGUUAGGGGUGCAGGUGCAUGGGAUGGUGAUCAAGUUGGGUCUCGCUACUGAUGUGGUGACGGGGAGUGCAAUGGUGGAUAUGUAUUCAAAAUGCAAGAGGUUACAUGGGUCUAUAUGUUUCUUCAAUGAGAUGCCUGAAAAGAACUGGGUUUCUUGGAGCGCUUUGAUUGCAGGUUGCGUUCAAAAUAAUGAGUUUGCUAAUGGAUUACAGCUGUUCAAGAAGAUGCAAAAAGAAGGGGUAGGGGUGAGUCAAUCUACUUAUGCUAGUCUCUUCAGGUCUUGUGCCGGGUUAUCUGACUUAAAAUUGGGGUCUCAAUUGCAUGGUCAUGCAUUGAAAACUGAUUUUGGAUCUGAUGUCAUUGUAGCAACUGCCACAUUGGACAUGUAUGCCAAAUCUAAUAGUCUGUCUGAUGCUAGGAAGGUGUUCAACUUGUUGCCAAGUCAUAACUUGCAAUCUUAUAAUGCCUUAAUUGUUGGGUUUGCUCGAGGUGAUCAAGGAUAUGAAGCUGUAUUAGUAUUCAAGCGUUUGCUGAAGUCUUAUCUUGGGUUUGAUGAAAUAAGCCUAUCUGGUGCAUUUAGUGCCUGUGCAGUUUUCAAAGGGCAUUUAGAGGGAAUGCAGAUACAUGGGGUAGCUUGUAAGACUCCCUUUUGGUCGAAUGUUUGUGUUGCAAAUGCCAUUAUGGACAUGUAUGGCAAAUGUGAAGCACCACGUGAAGCUCGGCGUUUAUUUGACGAAAUGGAAAUAAAAGAUGCAGUGUCUUGGAAUGCAAUAAUUGCAGCUUACGAGCAGAAUGGACAUGAGGAUGAAACUUUGAUACUAUUUUUUCGGAUGCUUCAGGCAAGGAUGGAACCAGAUGAAUUCACUUAUGGUAGUGUUUUAAAGGCCUGUGCAGCUCGUCAAGAUUUGAACAUUGGCAUGGUGAUUCACAAUAGAAUCAUAAAAUCAGGGAUGGGGUUGGAGUGCUUCAUUGGGAGUGCUGUAAUAGAUAUGUACUGCAAAUGUGAAAAGGUAGAAGAGGCAGAGAAACUUCAUGAGAGAAUGGAGGAACAGACAAUUGUUUCUUGGAAUGCAAUCAUAUCGGGCUUCUCAUUGCGUGAACAAAGUGAAGAAGCUCAAAAAUUCUACUCUAAAAUGCUGGAAGAGGGAAUAAAACCUGAUAACUUUACCUAUGCAACAGUUCUUGAUACUUGUGCCAAUCUAGCUACUGUUGGGAUAGGAAAGCAAAUUCAUGCUCAAAUUAUAAAGCAAGAAUUGCAAUCGGAUGUGUUUAUAACAAGCACUCUUGUUGACAUGUACUCGAAGUGUGGAAACAUGCAGGAUUCCAGAUUGAUGUUUGAAAAAGCACCAAAAAAGGAUUUUGUGACAUGGAAUGCUUUGGUUUGUGGCUAUGCACAACAUGGUCUUGGGGACGAGGCUUUGCAGAUCUUUGAAAAGAUGCAGCUUGAGGAUGUUAGACCAAAUCAUGCAACUUUUCUUGCAGUCCUAAGAGCUUGUGCUCAUAUUGGGCUUGUUGAGAAAGGUCUGCAACACUUCAAUUCAAUGUCGAAUAACUAUGGAUUGGAUCCUCAAUUGGAACAUUACUCAUGUAUGGUUGACAUACUAGGGAGGGCGGGCCAAAUUAGUGAAGCUCUGAAGCUUAUUCAGGACAUGCCUAUUGAGGCUGAUGAUGUGAUCUGGAGAACUCUACUUAGUAUGUGUAAGAUGCAUGGAAAUGUGGAGGUAGCAGAAAAAGCAGCAAAAUUUCUCUUGCAAUUGGACCCUGAGGACUCAUCUUCUCAUAUACUUUUGUCAAAUAUUUAUGCUGAUGCAGGAAUGUGGAAAGAAGUUGCCGAAAUGAGGAAAGUGAUGAGGUAUGGUGGGCUAAAGAAGGAGCCAGGUUGUAGCUGGAUUGAGAUCAAGUCUGUGCUACACAUGUUUCUUGUUGGGGACAAAGCUCAUCCAAGAUGCAAAGAAAUAUAUGAAAACCUUGACGCAUUGAUAUAUGAAAUGAAGCGAGCUUCUCAUAUACUAGAUGACGAAUUUUUGCUCAGCUGUGAGGCCACAGAAGACGAGCAUGAAUACCUGUUUCCAGAAUGUGCAGUUUCUUGUUUUAGACCAAUUUAGUUGGGAACCUAAAUCUGGCUGUGAUGGCGAUUAGCUAGGGAAAGAAGCUUCCCUCAGGUUAACCCAAGCAAAUGAUUCGGCCAGAUUGGGGAUAGUCAAGACUGAUAUUAAGCUGGACGUGCUGGACCCCAUAAGAGGAAGAAUUAUCUAUUUAUUAGCCAAUCCUUGGACUUCACUAGAAUAUCUUCUGGCCUCAACCAAAUUAUGGGCACACCCCGUGGAGAACACGAAGGAAAAUGAAAGAUUGAGAAAAUUGUGUUCCAGAUUUGUUCACCUACAAGAUGUGUGAAUAACUCUAUGCCAGUUCGGCAGUUCCAAAGGAAUGCUUCAAAAGACAAUUUGUAGAAACCGUAAGAUGGACUCUACCCCCAAGCACUAACUUUCAUAGAAAGGAACUAUGCAAUAAAGCCAAACUGCGGAUUCGUUUGCAGCCAAUAGUACGUAUAUUUAUGCACAAUAGAUUAAGCAUUAAUUCCUCGUUGAGAUGCUAUUUCGAUAAGACGAGUAAAGUACAUCAAAAUCAUCUCAUAAUCUUUACAAGAAUGUAUAUCUCUUAUAAAUAGCAAGCUGAAACUUGCAGGCGCUAAA